ACAAAUGCCUGAAAGUCCGAAACCCAUCUCUUGUUUUGAAAAACACAAAAGCCUCGUCGUCGACUUUCCUUUCUCUCUGUAAAAAAUAAAAAAUAAAAAAAUCCUUUUCGCUGAUUAAUCACUUGCUCCGAUCAUUAUCGUUAUUGGAGAUGGCGGCGGCGAGUGGAACAACAUGGCAACCACAAGAGGAAGGGUUCAAAGAGAUCUGUGGAUUAUUGGAGCAACAGAUGUCUCCGACUUCAGAUAAGUCUCAGAUUUGGCAACAACUUCAACACUACUCUCACUUCCCUGAUUUCAAUAACUACCUCGCUUUUAUCUUCGCUCGUGCUGAGGGGAAGUCAGUGGACGUUCGGCAAGCAGCUGGGUUGCUACUGAAAAAUAACCUGAGAACUGCCUUCAAAAACAUGCCUCCUGCUAAUCAGCAGUACAUUAAAUCUGAGUUGCUACCUUCUCUUGGGGCGGCAGAUAGACACAUCAGGUCUACUGCUGGGACCAUCAUUAGUGUUCUUGUACAGAUUGACGGAGUUGCUGGAUGGCCAGAGUUGCUACAGGCACUUGUCAAUAGCUUGGAUAGUAACGACAUAAAUCACAUGGAAGGAGCCAUGGAUGCCUUAUCAAAGAUCUGUGAGGACGUUCCUCAACUUCUUGAUUCUGAUAUUUCUGGAUUAUCUGAACGACCCAUUACUGUUUUCCUUCCUAGGUUUCUCCUGCUUUUCCAGUCAUCUCAUGCUUCUCUCAGAAAGCUUUCACUGAGUUCUGUGAAUCAAUUUAUAAUGCUGAUGCCUAAAGUUUUGUAUCUAUCCAUGGAUAAAUAUCUUCAAGGUUUGUUUCUUCUUGCCAAUGACCCUGCUCCAGAGGUGCGGAAGUUGGUUUGUGCAGCGUUUGUUCAACUAAUUGAAGUUCGUCCUGCCUUUUUGGAGCCGCACUUAAGGAAUGUUAUAGAAUAUAUAUUGCAAGUCAACAAGGAUCCAGAUGAAGAAGUGGCACUUGAAGCUUGUGAAUUUUGGUCCGCAUACUUUGAUGCUCAGUUGCCCCCCGAAAACUUGAGAGAAUUCUUGCCACGGUUGAUUCCGGUUUUGCUGUCUAACAUGGUUUAUGCUGAUGAUGACGAGUCACUUCUGGAGGCUGAGGAGGAUGGCUCUCUGCCAGAUCGUGAUCAGGAUAUCAAACCUAGAUUUCAUUCUUCACGUUUUCAUGGUUCAGAGGAUGGUGAAGAUGAUGAUGAUGAAGACAUAGUAAAUAUGUGGAACUUACGCAAGUGCAGUGCAGCUGCUCUGGACAUUCUCUCAAAUGUGUUCGGUGAUGAUAUUCUACCAAUGUUGAUGCCUGUUGUUCAGACUAAAUUGUCAAAUACGAGUGAUGAAGCCUGGAAGGAAAGGGAAGCAGCUGUAUUAGCUCUGGGUGCUAUAGCUGAAGGCUGCCUAAAUGGGCUUUUCCCUCAUUUAUCGGAGAUCAUUACCUUUCUCAUCCCACUUUUAGAUGACAAGUAUCCUCUAAUACGAAGCAUCUCUUGUUGGACACUGUCCCGCUUCAGCAAAUAUAUCGUUCAGGGCACUGAUCAUCCAGAAGGCCGUGAACAAUUCAACAAAAUUUUGAUGGGUCUUCUGCGGAGAGUAUUGGAUGAUAAUAAACGAGUGCAAGAAGCUGCUUGUUCAGCUUUUGCUACUCUUGAAGAGGAGGCUGCAGAAGAGUUAGCACCAUGCUUGGAAAUCAUUCUGCAACAUUUGAUGUGUGCCUUCGGAAAAUACCAGAGACGGAACCUUAGAAUCGUGUAUGAUGCCGUUGGAACAUUGGCAGAUGCAGUUGGAGGGGAACUUAAUCAGCCAAGGUAUCUCGAGAUUUUGAUGCCCCCUUUAAUUGGAAAGUGGCAGCAACUACCAAAUUCAGACAAGGAUCUUUUCCCGCUGCUGGAGUGCUUUACGUCAAUAGCUCAGGCAUUGGGUACUGGAUUUGCACCGUUUGCUCAACCUGUAUUUCAGAGGUGCAUUACCAUCAUCCAGUCGCAACAAUUGGCGAAGGUUGAUCCUGCUUCAGCUGGAUUACAAUAUGACCGAGAAUUUAUUGUUUGUUCUUUGGACCUGCUGUCUGGACUUGCUGAAGGUCUUGGCACUAGUAUUGAGAGUUUGGUUUCACAAGGUAAUUUAAGGGAUUUGCUGCUGCAAUGUUGCUUGGAUGAUGCACCUGAUGUUCGGCAGAGUGCCUUUGCUUUGCUUGGUGACCUUGCAAGGGUUUGUUCCAUUCAUUUGCGGCCUCGGUUGGCGGAAUUUCUUGAUGCUGCCACUAAGCAACUGGACACUUCCAAGCUGAAGGAAACCAUUUCUGUGGCCAACAACGCAUGUUGGGCAAUUGGUGAAUUAGCAAUCAAGGUUCAUAAAGAGAUAUCUCCAGUAGUCCUGUCUGUCGUCUCGUGCUUAGUACCAAUCCUUCAACAUGCUGAGGGUCUCAACAAGUCACUGAUAGAAAACAGUGCUAUCACCCUUGGAAGACUUGCAUGGGUUUGUCCGGAGUUUGUGUCACCGCAUAUGGAGCAUUUUAUGCAAGCAUGGUGCUUUGCCCUGUCUAUGAUACGUGAUGAUAUUGAGAAGGAGGAUGCCUUUCGUGGUUUAUGUGCAAUGGUUAAGGCAAAUCCAUCAGGUGCAAUGAAUUCACUUCUCUUUAUGUGUAAAGCCAUUGCAAGUUGGCAUGAGAUAAGAAGCGAAGAUCUACACAAAGAAAUCUGUCUGGUUCUGCAAGGAUAUAAGCAAAUGCUCAAGGAUGGUGCUUGGGAACAGUUUAUGUCAGCUUUGGAGCCCUCAGUGAAGGACAAGUUGUUAAAGUAUCAAGUUUAAUUUCUUAUUGACAGAGAAUGUCUUCCAAGUUCCAAUGCUUGUUGUCAUGGCUAUAUUAUACUUCAGAUCUAUGGAUCUAUUUGCUUCUUGUUCGUUUGAGUCUUAGCAUUAUCUGAUUGUUGUUGAGCCGUGCAUGUGGAGCAAGCACAAAGUUUUGGGUUCAAUUUCCUCCAUGGAACAUUCUCGUUGAAGAUUGAAGCUAUUCAUAUUCUUUCGAAGCUUCAGUUGCUCUGGUUUUGGACACAGCAGUUAUCCUGGAAGCUGAGGUUCAACAUAUUAAGUGUACAGGUGUGCUUCGUUACAAUUGCAUUUUAUUUUUUGUGUCUGUCCCGAAUCUAUUGAAGGAGGUGAUCCUAAGUUCUUGGGUAAUUGUGUUUGAUAAUUUCUUCUCGGGUUAAGGAGCAAUUUUUCUUAUUUUUAACUUUACAAUUGUAAGGUUCCAUUUGUUGGUUUAAGUCUACAUAGCAUGUCUGACAAUUUGUUUUUUCACCUUUUCUUCUGGAGGAUAGAACUAGAUGGUCUGUUGGGAGGUCGAAUGAGGUGAGCAAUAAUAAUAGUCUGUACUUUGUGGUUUAUUGGUGGGGGUUUACGUAUACAUACCUUUGAAAGGAAUUAUUGUAACAUCUUUUUAUCCUGCGAUAAUGUCUUCAUUCCCCGUCUAUAGAAAAUAUGAAAAAUAUUUGAUAGUUAUGAUUCAAACGACAUUGUGUUCGAAGAUACUUUAUUGAAGAUUCUGAGUGUAAAUGUUCAAUUGAA